AUGUACAGUGAUAAUGCCCUGAAUACUUUCUGUUUGCCCAGAGAGAUAGACUGGCACUUUAUCCCACCAGCUUCGCCACAUUUUGGUGGUAUUUGGGAAGCUAACAUCAAAUCUUUCGAAGCGCAACUUAACUCUCGACCUCUUUGCCCCGCCAGUAUGGAAGCCACCGAUUACUCAGCACUGACUCCCGGGCACUUCCUGUUAGGUAAAGCUCCUAUGUCAUUACCUGAAGUCGACAUUCCUGAGCCAACACCCACCAAUCGACUCACCAGCAACGGAAUAAAUGGACCACUCCCCAGCCUAACCUCCAAGUCCACGAUCUCGUUCUCCUCAAGAAAGAAAAUAUGGCUCGAGGUGCACCCCAAUCCUGCAGACCACUUCGUGCGAGUUGUCACACUGAAGACAAAGGAUUCGGUGCUAAAGCGUCCUAUUAAUAAACUCAUAAGACUGCCUAUCGAACAUUAG